CUGGCCCGGCGCGUGACAGCCUAGGAAACCCGAGUACACACCUAUGGUACACACUGACCUGAAGACCUGGUGCUGCGCGUGCUGUCUCAGGAGGUUAUUUGGGAAGUUCACCUGGCUGUAACUGAUGGAGACCAGACAACAAGAGUUGUACUCUAGUGUUCUGAGCGAAGCAGUGGUGGACUGGGGCAGCAUGGGUCCCGGAGAGGAAUGGGUUAACUCAUCCACACACGAGGGAGAGCAGGGUUUGAAUGAGGGUUUGUUUUCCCGGAUUGACGAAGAAUCUGUGAAAGAGAAGUCAUACUGUGAAGACUUUGCUCCAGUGGCCCAAAAUGGGAAAAAUCUCACAGAAAGCAGUACAAGUUGUCAAGAGAAUAAUCCCUGGGGUCAGACAUCACAGUCGCAGGCUAACUGCGUCAUGUCCACCUCUUGGGAUAUGCAACUGGAAGACAAAGAGAGGGGACGUCUCGCAGCAGGAUAUCUGGACUCAGAUCCACUGAGAGAGGCUGAUGAAGAUUUAGUCUCUGAAGUCAACUUAAACAACUCCAUCAUCACAGAUGAGGAGAGAGAGGAGAUUCAGCAAGAACUAGCUAAACUGGAAGAGGAGAUCAGCACACUGAGGCAGGUUUUGUCGUCCAAAGAGAAGCAGCAUGCAGAGCUCAAACAGAAACUGGGCAUCAAUCCGCUGAGCGAGAUGAAAAACAACUUGAGCAGAGGCUGGCAAGACAUGCAGACCUCUACGGCCUAUAAGAAGACGUCAGAGACACUGUCCACAGCAGGGCAGAAAACCUCAGCAGCCUUCAGCACACUGGGCAGCGCCAUCACCAGAAAGUUUGGAGACAUGAGGUCCAACUCUAUAGGCUACUCUAUCAGACACUCUAUGAGCAUGCCCGCCAUGAGAAAUUCUCCCAGCUUCAAGUCUUUUGAGGAGAAAGUUGAGAACACCGUGACCACUAUCAAGACAAAGGUUGGUGGUUCAGAGACCGGAGGCAGCUUUGAGGACGUCCUCUCCUCUGCAGCGAACGCCAGCUCUCAGGACACGCCCACCAGCCCCUCGACGGACAGCACUGAGAAGACGUGUUAGAGCUGCAGCAACAGCACGAGGCGGGACUUAAGCCAAGAACUCUGACCAAUGCUGUAUCCCAGCACCUAACUACUCAAGGCUCCUGCUGAAAUGUUACACUUUUAUUGGAUAACAAAAAAAAGUCUCCUUCUCUGCAACAAAAAAAAUCCAGUAUAUAGUAGAAAAUUGACACCAUUCACUCCAAAUAUCCCAAAGCUUUAAGAAUUUUUUUUAUUAUGAGCAAGCAAGACCAAACAAAUGGCCCUCCAAACCAUGUUGAACCACAGGUGUGGAUCAGAUGAAGGCUAAGGGGAAAGCAGUCAAGCCUUUAGGAAACAUUUAUGAAAUUUCAGGAGGAUUAUGAGCCGAGUCAAAUGUCAGCUUGUGGGGCUGAAAACUCAGCUGACAAAUCACAGCUUGAAUUCCUUCAACACAAAAUACAAGGCUCUGACUUCUAUUCAGCUUCCAUUCCCUGAUGCUAAAGUUUCAAAACUCUACAACAUCAACACAUAACUUUAAUACCAAGAAGGAAAAUCACUUUAAAGUUUUAACUAUAAACCGGUACUACUUUUUUACGAAAGAAAUGUUUAAAUAUGGCUUGAAAUCCAAGUAAAGUCCUGGAUAAAACUGUAACAUGUACAAAUGAUUUCACACUAAAACAGGAAAUCCUCUUCAGCCAUCUAAAAGGUUCUUUUUGCUGUAAUACCACUUACUAUGUAAAAAAUACAUGUAACACAGAUAUGCGCAUUUUCUGUUGCCGGCAGUUUGCGUUGGGGCCCUCUUCAAUUUCAUAAUUGUACUGAGCACACAUUUUAGGUUGGUGCAUUGUUACUAGAGAAUAAAGUAAUCUGUAGAAAGAAAAUGACCCCGUAGACUUGAGCCAUGAGCCGUGUAGUUUGGGCAAAAACAGGUCGUAUUUUGAAAUGUAACGAUAGAGCAUCUUUUCAUGUUUUUCUUAUGACAGAGUAGAAAUGGGAAGUCAAAGAACAGAGAAUAGAUUUGUUACUUAAUUUAAUAAAGUCUUAUGCUGGCUGUUUAAAAAAAAAACAACACACAGCUGCUAAACAACUAUUACACAUCAGGCUCAUCCUGAAGGUCAACAGAUGCUGACAUGUCGUGACCCUGAUAACACACAAGGUUUUCACCUGCUCUAAUAACACCACACCGGUUUCGUUAUGGACCAAAAAGAAA